CUUCCUCUUCCUCUUCCUCGUCUCGUCUCGUCUCGUCUCGUCUUGUCUCCUCCUUCCUCCUCCUCGUCGUUCCUCGUCUUCUCCUCCUCCACAUCCUCUCCUUCUUGUUCUUCUUGUGUCUCUUCUCUCCGCCCCUCUUUUGGUCCUCUACUCGUCUUCCUCUCUAUCUUCAUCUCUUCUUCCUCUUCUUCCUCUUCUUCCUCUUCUUCCUCUUCUUCCUCUUCUUCUUCUUCUUCUUUCUUCUUCUUCUUCUUCUUCUUUUCCGCGCUCUCCCUCUCCCUCCCUCGCCCCGUCGUGUCACUUAGUAUUCUUCGCGCGUCUUUCCUACUGUCGCCCUCUCUCUUCUUCCUUGUCUCUAUCCAGCUUUUGCUCACCUUCUUUCUAUCAAAUCCUGCUGCUGCGUCCGUCUCUCUUCGAUCUCGGCUCGCCGUCUAGUCUGCAACCGAAAGAAAAAACUUCUUCCUCCCUUCUCUGUUGCCUCUUUGGGCCUCCUUUUAUUGCUCUUAUUCCCGAAAUCAUAAACCGUCGAAAUCCAGCAACUCCAACAUCAGCAUCAGCAUCCUACUUCAAUAAACCCGGAAAGACUCCUUGAAAAAGAUAAAGAAAAAGAUCCAUCGGAUUAAAUAAACUGCUGUUUUUGAUCCCAGUGGGUGAAGACUUGGGUCUUGUUGUUUCUCUCGACUUAAUAUAUCUCGCUUUAUUCCCCUCUCGCCGUUACUUUUUUUCUUUACCGUCGAUUCCAUUAGAUCGCGUCGCUCUGCCGGUUGAACCCCGCCUAUAAUACUCAUUGAAUAUCCGCCGCGUUUUCGAUCCGCUUAUUCUAUUGCCUUUCGUCGUUAUCGUCGUCUUAUUGUCUCUCGCUAUCUGGGACCUAAUCCUUGCCUCGUUCCUCUCUCAUUGAUCUUUUAAUUCUGCAAAUUUGCUUCGCCGUUGUUUCUUCAAAAAAAGAAAAAAGGACAAAAAACAGCUAAAGAAGAUCAGCUUUCCCUUGGUCUUUUGGUCGCCGUUUUCCGUUCAUCCUAGGGAAAAAAGAGAAAAAAGAAAAAAGAAAAAAGAAAAAAAAAGAAAAAAAAAAGCUACUCGCGUUCAGUUUGCUCUCUGGUCGCUCCUCGCUGAGAUUGCAGUGCAAAUCUCUCCAUCGUCGGAAACCUUUUUUCACACCAGCACACACGCACAUAUAAUACACAGACAUCAACCAACACCCACGCACAAAACAGCAUCCAAGUACAAUUUCCACUUGGACAUCUAUUAUUCUCAUUAGUUCCCACUGCGCUUGCACCACUUAUUAUUAUUACUACUACUCUUAUUGCUAUUAUCCUAUUCAUUCGCCAGGCUUUUAGCUUCGCAUUCACUUACUCCUUCGGCCGGCCUGCUCGCCUAACCGACGAAACUAUAUUCACCUGUAUAUCUAUUUUAAUCACCUGUGGGUUCGCUUCUGGGUCUCAACUUUGGCUUUUUCUGAAGCGUAUUUUUGAUUUAUCUACGCCUGUUUAAACUCGACCGUCGACUAUUUCUGUCAGACAACUCGAUCUCCCGUCACUCGCCUUUCCAGCAGUGUUCCUAAACGAAUACUUUUUUUUAAUUUCUUAAUAUAUCCGAGUUUCGGACCCAGCCCAUCCCUACAUAAGCUUCCAGCUUGUCCUAAAGGACGACUUUUGUUUGUGUGGAAUUAAUCCACUCUCAAACUGGUUUUCUUUCAUACUACCAGCCGACCAGUUUUGCAACAUCUUGUUGGCUCGCAAGCUAGCUAGACUCCCUCGUAUAGACGGGCCCGGGUACAACACUUCGUUCUUAUCUCGGAAUUGUUUUCUGCUAGAUACAAUUACCCCUUUCCUGCCUCUCUACGAAUAAACGCCCCUUGCAAAUAUCAAUUUCCAAAAAAAAAAAAAUUCCCUUUACUUCCACGACCUUGAGUAUGGACGCUGGCGUUCUAGCUCAGAUGACUUACAACAACAACAUGGCUUUCAACGGUGGUUCCCUUGGCGUUCCGGGUUCUGGUUUCGCAUCUCGCGGGAAGGGUUCUCAUAUCAAACGUCUCAGUGUUCCUCACCCGUCAAACAUCGGAUCGAUUAACGAGUCUACGUCGUCUCCCUCUGUUUCCACACCACGCACGAGUCGCUCCCAUCUCCUGGCUGGGCUGAGGACUGCUCCCAUGUCUCAUCAGCAGCCCCAUUUUUCCUUGGAUCACGCCAGAUACGGUUCGCAGCAAAAUUCCUAUGCCCAACGGGCACCUUUGACCUCCACAGGAGCAUCGUUCCCCAACCACCUCAAUUCUUAUGGGUCUCAGCCAAAUGGCAGGCAUCAAAUGUACUCCUUGCCAGAGCACGUGCUUCCUCCUCCCACCAUUGAUCUCCCAAUUGACGAGAAUGGAGAACCGAUUGACGAAAAGCUGUAUGCAGAACUGGUCUCGACAAAUCUUUUCCUUGCUGCGCAACAACAACGUCUACAAGAACAACUUGCCUCCGUCACAGCUGCUGCUCAGCAGUUCCAAGGGUUGAGUCUUGGUUUUUCCAUGGGCGCUCAACAGCAGAUCAUGUCAGCAACAACCCCGGGAAUGGGCUAUUAUCAGCAACAAGCACAACAAGGCAUGCAACCAGUUGUGCAGCAGGUGCCUGGCCAUCCUGGUUUGUUCUCGGUCUAUAAUCCCAUGACUGGGCAACAAAACUUUGUCAUGGACAACACCGUGCAGUCGCAGCAACAACAGUACGAAGAGCCUUCAUCGAUCUACCAGGAGCAGUUCCAAUCUCCCAUGGCGGAAACUCCAACUUUCCGUGCUGAAGUCUCCCCUCCUCCGGAAUCAAGGCAAUCACCUCCUCAUUUCAAGCCUUCUCCCUCGCCUCCAAGGACUGAUCCAUCCCCUCCGCAGGAAGUCACUCCUCUCCCCCCACCAUCUGCCAACGCCUUCCGUCGUAAUCAUAAGAAGACUCCCUCCUUGGUUACCUCUCUAAAAAUCAAUAGCGAUACAAACAAAACUGCCCCCAAAACCGCUCCACUGCCCACUCCACUCACAGGCACUUUUGGCCCCGGCCAAGCACGUGCUGGCGAACAUCCCAUCCGUCAACCCCGCGGGCCCCCUUCGCUCGAAGAACUCAUCGAAAAGCCAACCUCCAAACAUGAAGGGAGCAAGAACUUCGUUACCCGCCAGCGUCGACGUGCUGUUCACAAUCUCGUGCGGGCUGGCUUAGAGAGGCGUGGUGAGUCCCGCAGUUCUCGCCGUACUGGUAGCAACAGCGGCGGAAGCGUUACACCGUCCAGCGAUGUAGAGUUUAACUUUUCAGGUUCCGACGGUGAUGACUCUACUGGUGGGAAUCGAAGUGGUGGCACUUUGUCGAGCAAGCCCAGCUUAGGGAGCAUCCGUGCAGCUGCGAAUGGGGCUAUUGGAUCGGAAAGGAAGGAGAAGGAGUGGAGUUAUCGUGGUUCUGGCUCUGGAUCUGGGACUUCUAAUGGCCCUAAGCGUGGCACGUCGACAGAUAGUCUGUACACUGCUGCGACUGUUAGUAGCGACGAUGGCGGGCUUGUAGGUGGGAAGCUGAUGGAGAUUCGCGCUGAUGAUACGACUGCUGUUGGAGGCGCUUUCGGUGGUAGAAUCCCGGCCUACACAUUGUCACCGUCGUCAACAACACCAAGUACGGCUGCUGUAUUGGCUGGCCAUGCUUCGGCGCCGAAUAUGGGGCAAGGCGGUAAUGGACGACGGAAGAUGCCGAUGUUUGUUCUGUCGAGUGCUGAGAAGAGGAAAAGUCCUAUUAAUUGAAAGAGAUGAUAGGGGGAUAUCUUUGCCGUCGCUCCUUUCGUUCUCUUCUCUAUUUUUCUGUUAUAUUUUUUUUCUGGCUUUUUUCAUUCAGUUUGGGGAGGGAUGGCAUUAUCACUGGAAUUAUUAUCAUAGUUUGGUCCCUUUUUCUUCCUUUUUCUUCCUUUUUCUUUACUCUUCUUUAUCCUUUUUUCUUUCUGCCCGAUUCUGUCAAUUUGUGAGAUGCGAGGGGAGGGAAUUGGAACGCAUUCAUUGAACUUAGCCCAAUAACUAGCUUUCACCCCUUCCUCUUUUCAUCCUUCUCUUCACUUCUCUGUUCUCUAAAUUUCUAUGUUCCGGGCAGCGUUUCUCUUCCUUAUUUCUACUACCUAUGUUGUUCUUACUGAAUUACUGACACCCUGUUUUCUUGUCUUAACGACUUUUGUUUUUUUACCCUCCCAUUUUCUGUUCUAUUUUAUUACUUUUUUCCCUCAUCCUAUUGUCGUUUGUCCUCGUGCUGUUUAUACGGUAUUUUUCAUAUUCUCGCGUGUGCCUACUUAGUUAGUAGCAGCCCCGCAGUCCUUACAGGUUUACCCCAAGGUGCCUGUCGUCGAAAUUGUUAACGAACCAUGAAUUGAUUGACUUGACUUGAAUUGAUUGAAUCCUGCGGCCUUGAAUUUGAUACUUGGUGUGUUUUUUGGGAUGGUUUGAAUCGGCUCUGUUCACCGUUCUAUUUUUUUUCUCUCUGUUAUUAUCACAUAUAUGAAGCUGGUGUUGGUGUGUUUUUUCGCAAGGAGAAAGAUGAGGUGUGGAGCAGAAAGAAAGAUGAUACCUUUGAAUAAAAAUGAAGAACGAGAAUGCAUGGAGAAUAAAUAUAUGCUUUGUCAGUUCAGUUCUAUUAAUUGGCUGUUUUUCCCCUCUUCUCUUAUUUAUUUUAUUAUCGUUAUUAUUUUCAAGCAAGUUCUGGAAACCUGUUUAUCCAUUCCUUUUGCAAUGGGUUCAUAGCAUGUUCUCUUCUCUUACUCCUCUUUUUGACUAGAAGAAAUAAAUAAUAAAUGUAUAACAAACUACUUUAGCUACCUA